AUGGCAUUGCUGGCCUCUGUUACAUCCACCGGCGCAAGACUCUGGAGAAGCAAGCAUGUUCUGUUGACUUCGCCAUCCAGAACUCUUUCAAUCUUCUGCCGGGGAAAACCAAUCAGUCGUGAGGACGUUUUCAAAUUCACGGGUGGUCGCUUUUUGGUUAAAGAAAAGGAAGCAUGCGACCAAAGGUAUCUGAAGUUCGACUUGGACCAGCUCUGCGCUGUAGUCGCUUCUACGGGCAGCAAAUCGCCCGUCCGCACAAUUGAGAAGGAGGAGAGCGGAUACUGCAAGGUAUUGCUCAUGACCAAGGAAGACGGGUCCGAGCUUGUUGCUAAGCUCCCGUUUUCUUACGCCGGACCCCCAAAGUACAUGACAGCAUCCGAGGCUGCCGUCAUGCAAUACGUGCAUGACCACACCGAAGUCCCGGUCCCAAAACUCCUAACGUGGAGCGCCGACGCUUCAAAUCCAGUUGGCGCCGAAUACGUCAUAAUGGAGAAGGCCGCUGGCUGCCGGCUGUCCAAGAAAUGGGCCGAGAUGGAUCUUGAAAUCAAAUUCAAAUUCAUCGCAAACCUGGCCGAGCUUGAGGCUAAACUGGCAGGGGUGGAUUUUCCUGCGUAUGGAAGUCUCUACCUCAAGGAGUCCCUGGACGAUGGCGAACAGUACGAGCCUCUAGCGCCAGAGAUAGACCCUGAUGGCCGCUUUUGCAUCGGACCGUCUUGUGAGCGCGAGUGGUUCCACGAGGAAGACACGGAAGCUAUAGAGGCCCGCUUCGAUCGAGGACCCUGGCUCACUCUGCCUGCUUUCGGCAAUGCGGUUGCGGAUCGAGAGAUUGCACGUAUCGAACUGAACCCCAAACCAGAUGUGCCUUACGGGCCACCCCGCGGCUCGAUUGAAGAGCAACUCCAUGUGCUGGAAAUGGCCAAGACUCUCUAUUCCAGGAGUGACCCAGAUCCCCACAGUGGAAACUUGGCUUUCCAGACGCUGUGGCACCCCGACCUGCACAUGGGAAACAUUUAUGUUUCUGAUGAAGAUCCGACCAAGAUUUCCUCAAUCAUCGAUUGGCAAUAUUGCGUUGUUGCGCCCUUGUUCUGCCAGGCCCGCUUUCCCGCACUCCUAGAAGUCGACUAUGAUGACUACAAGUACGGUUCAGAGAUUCCAAAACCUCAAUUCCCAGAGAACUUCCAUGAGCUGGACGAAGACGAUCAGAAUGCCGCAAGAUCCAAGGCCGAAAUGCAAAUCCUGGCUAAGGUGUAUGAGAAGUUCUCUGGUUAUGAUAUGAAGAGAGCAUUACGUGUUCCCUGGUUUUUCCCCUCACUCUUCAAUCGUUGCGGGAGCACUUGGCAGCGGGGGGCCGUGCCUCUUCGUCCUUGCCUGAUCCGAACAGCGCAAUAUUGGACGGAAAUGGGAUGGGCCGGCGACUGUCCAUUGAAGUUCAGCGAGGAUUACCUUGAAAAGUCAAAGAAGGAAGUUGAAGAGUAUCAGGCCUACAUAGAUACCCGGCGUGGGAUUAUGAAGCUCAUGCAUACUACUUCUGAAGGCUGGUUCCCCCCUGAUGUUGAUUUCGAGGCGGUACAGAAGAUGACCAAGGAGCUGCGAGAAAAGUUCAUAGAAUUCGGUAUCAAAGAGGGAGUUUCGCUUGAAGAGAUUCAGGCGACAUGGCCUUUCUGA